GCCGGCAUGACGUCUCCCAUUGGCAGCUGGACCUGCCUCUGCCUGUCCCUAAUUUGGCUGCAACUGAGCCUCAUCAACGCCGGCUUGGAGUUCCUCCGGGUGGGAGUACCCCUGCAGCUGGUGCGACUCCGGGAGCUGGAGGAGGAGGAGCGACCCAUUGAGGCCGAAUGCACCUUGGGAGCAAUCAGUGUUCGAAUGUUCGCCUUCUGAAAGUACCUUAUCAGUAAUUUUUUUUUGACGGUUUAUUGAACUUCGGGAAUAUAUUUAGCGAAAAAUAUAAAGAUAUGUGAUUAAGUUUGGUCAUUGUAAAUAUAAGGAACUAAUUUCAAAUGAGACUUACUAAAUGUUAUAAGAAAUA